AGUCCGAGUUUCAACUUUGUCUUCAGCACUCAGUCUCUCCUUUGACAACUUUGUCGAAACACCUGCUCUAGCUAGCACCCCACAUUCCUUUUCUGAUCCGUCAGAUUCAUACAUUCCUUCACAAUGCUUACUUCACCCCUGAUCAUGGCCCUUGCUGGCCUCUCCACCCUGAUUGAGGCUUCUCCUCUUCGGCUCCGCGAUGGAGGCAAGCGUGGCCUUGCCUUUCCCAAGCAACACAACGGCGUUCCUGGAUCGCAAUGGACUCGUUACUUUGCCGGCUCUUCCAAGGUCACCUGGAUGUAUGACUGGGAGGCUGUCAUCGAUGGUGAGGCACCUGACCUCGAAUUUGUUCCCCUGCUCCACUCCAACCAGGAGUGGUGUGCCUCGACGUGGAACACCAACAUUGAGAAUGCCCGCAAGAAGUACAAGGUCUCACACGUGCUGAGCUUCAACGAGCCCGACCAGGUCGGUGGUGGAGGCUCCAACAUGGACGUCGCAACCGCCGUCGCCACCCACCUGAAGCUCAUCCAGCCUCUGGCCAGCCAAGGUCUCCGCAUCGGCUCCCCUGCCGUCACCAACGGUAACGAACCCGGCAAGGGAAUCGAGUGGCUCAAGUCUUUCAUGCAGCUCUGCAUUGGCUGCCAAGUUGACUUUGCCGUCACCCACUACUACGCGUGGGCCAAGCCUCAAGACUUCAAGGACUACCUGAACAAGUUCCACGACACUUUCAACCUGCCCGUGUGGGUCAGCGAGUUUGGCGUCACUGAAGGCGAUGCCGCCGAGUUCCUCAAGGAAGUCCUCCCCUGGCUCGAUGCCCAGCCAUGGAUCGAGCGCUACGCCUACCACAUGGUUGCGCCCAGCGACGCAAACCAGUACCUGAUCACCCCCGAUGGAUCUGGUCUCUCCAGCGCCGGACAGGUCUUUGCGAACGCAUAAGCAAAGAACCAAAACCCAUUCAAAAGAAAACAAAAACAAAUAGAGCGAGCGUCCUCGCAUGCUGGUUCUCCAAAAAAGACACGCAUAUGACGACUUUACGACCACGCUUCUUCUUCUUUUCAACUGUCAAGAUACCACUUUCACAAUGUUAUCAAGACGCCCUUUUAUAUAUAUCUCUCUCUUGUGCAAACAGGAAC